CGGGAUGGCGGGAAUUCUCUUCCCAGACUGUGGUGUGGAAGAGAGGAAGGUGAAUGGAAGGCCUGUGGACCCCCUGGCAGGACUUCAUUAGACUUGACUGGAAAACUUCAAAGGAAAACAGGAAUUUGAGGAGGAGAUGGAGCGCGCACACACUUUAUGUCAAGACGGUGUGUCCACAGGAGGUGUUUUAGCCCACUUGGAAAGAUUAGAGGCUCAGGCGAACAAAUCCCAUAAAGAAUCUGAAGAACUGCAGAGAGCUCAACCAGAGGAAAGUGCUCUUGAAACCAAGAUUCACCAACUGAGGCACAUUCGAGAUAAACUAAGGGCUGAAGUGAAGCAACGGCAAGCCAGAGAUAAAGCAUCUUCUGCCAACGUAGAACCUGACCAAACAGCAGAGAUCAGUGAGCAAGAUGUUUUGGAAAGAAAUCAGGAAACCAUGAAAGCCAUUCUGCAAGCAUAUCAUUUUACAGGGCUCAGUGGAAAAGUGACCAGCCGUGGAGCCUGUGUCUGUAUCAGCACUGCUUUUGAGGGGAACCUACUAGAUUCCUAUUUUGUGGACCUUGUCAUACAGAAGCCACUCCGAAUCCAUCAUCAUUCCAUCCCAGUAUUCAUUCCUUUAGAAAAAAUUGCUGCAAAAUACUUACAGACUGAUAUUCAGCAGUUCCUGUUCAGUCUGUGUGAAUACCUAAACGCUUAUUCUGGGAGGAAGUACCAGGCAGAUCAACUUCAGAAUGACUUCGCAGCCCUUCUGACUGGGCCCUUGCAGAGAAACUCUCUGUGCAACUUGCUGUCAUUUACUUAUAAAGUGGAUCUGGGGGAUCAGUCCUUCCCUUUUUGUGCCAGAUUGCUAUAUAAGGACCUCACGAGAACACUUCCAACUGAUGUCACCAUUACAUAUCAAGGAGUGGAAGCAUUGUCUACUUCAUGGGAAGAGCAGAGAGCAUCUCAUGAAACUCUAUUCUGUACGAAGCCCCUGCAUCAAGUGUUUGCUUCAUUUUCAAGAGGAGGAGAAAAGCUGGAUUUGAGUCUGACCUAAAAUAUUGUUUCCAUUGGGAACACAUUUGAUGUGUAGUCCUAGAACUGAAAAUUGAAAGGCUCUCACACUUUGCUGGGGGACCAUCCUUACUCUAAGAAUAGGCACCUGCUUCUUCUUCAGAAUGACAAGGAACAAGUUUGAGUCCCAUAGGCACUGGAAUUCUUGGACAAUUCUUCAUGAUUAAUCACCCAUUAUGCUCAGAAUCAUCUCUUCUUCUGAGGUAUUAAUUGAUUUAAUCAUAUAUUUUAGC